AUGUAUCAAGAAGCAGUACUGGCUGCGACCGAUCCCAAUCGGAUAGCGUGGAUGGCAAGUACACCCAAUAACCUUGAUGGGAAUGGGGGCAUGAUCCUGGACAACUCUGCUACUCCUGGCUGCGAGAAGCCACACCUCAACUGCUAUCCCUUCACCUGGAAGACCGUCCCCGAGUACUGGCAGGCAGCCAAUGUCUCUUGGCAGGUCUACCAAGAUGCGGACAACUUCGAAGACAAUAUGCUCGCCUACUUCCAACAGUACCAGGCAGUGGACAACGAUACAUCAAACCCGCUGACCAAGCACGGCAACUCUUAUCCUGGACUUGACAAAUUCUAUGCCGAUGCGAAGGCAGGUACUCUGCCAAUGAUCAGCUAUAUCGUUGGUCCCGCUGAGCUGUCUGAGCAUGCACCGUAUCUACCAAGCGAUGGUGGUUGGUUGAUAAACCAGGUCGUCGACGCCGUGACCACUGGCACGUCUUACAAGGACACUGUGCUGAUGAUCAGCUACGACGAAGUCGGCGGUUACGGCGAUCAUGUCACACCCUUUCAUGCUUCGGCUGGCACAGCGGGCGAGUGGAUUGACGAUCCAUAUGGCUUGGUAGGCGAGACGCCAGUCGGUCCAGGUUUCCGCAUACCGUUCUUCGUGGUCUCGCCUUGGACCCGAGGUGGUCAUGUAUUCACCGAACAUGCCGAUCACGGCUCGCAGAUCAUGUUCGUAGAGCAAUGGCUUGAGGCACUCGGGUACAACAACAUCCAAAGCAAGGAGCUACCACCAUGGCGUCGUGAGCACAUGUCGAAUCUUGUCAAUGCCUUCGACUUUGACAAUCCCGACUACUCUCUUCCGAACGUUACUCAAGCUCCCGCUCCUCUGCGAGACCUGAGCCAACCUGAACCCACAGAUGGCCUCAUCGGAGCACUGAGUGGCAAUUACAUCGGAGCGGCGAAAUGCCAAUCCACCUACCCAAACAGCCAACCACCAGUUCCGUACGGCCCAGACAAUGCGAAUGCCAACAUGUCAGCCUUGACUGAAGAAGGUUUUAAGCCAGUCCGUGGAGCCUUGACUGAAGGCCGCUACCUGACUUUCGAGUUCGGCGGUUGGGCGUUGUCGAAUGUCAACAGCUUCGUCUCUAUCACAAAGGCAACAUCUCAGCACAACGACAUUCGUCAGCGCUGGAUACUACACCAACAAGGUGAUGGCGAUAGCAAAGUGUUCACCAUCAGCAGUGCGCUCAACGGGCAGUACAUUGGCUCUGGUCUGACGUUGGAAAGCGAAGUAGCAGUGCUGAGCAAUUCACCAUUACUGAUCUGGGAAAUGGGAAGGGGUAUACCAUGGCCAGAAGCAAUGGGCAGCUUCUUCAGCAGCUCUUGCAGACUAUCGCUUCUUUCACAGGAGGGUUGCAGAUCUUCAGCGUUACGUAUCACUCGUAGAAGUUAA